AUGAGGAAGAAGCUUCCCGUUGACCACGAUCUGAAAUCAGAGCAAACAGCAUUGGAGGAUAUUUUCUACAAGAACUUCAACCAACGUAGGACUGACGUCAAUGACCUUUACCAUGAUCAAAAAAGACGUCGAACUUCUGAGGUGCAUCCGAAGUCAUCCCAAAUCUAUGACGUCAUCACAAAUGAGAGCCGAUCGUCUACGGCUGUCGACGAACUCCGACCUUGUGGCAGAUGGGUCACGGGACAACGGGCUCAUGACCUUGACCGGCAAACACAAGGAUCGCAUGGCCAUUUUGCCAGAAACGGACUCCAUCCGGAACUUCCUAAACGAGACAACGUCUCAUCAGAAAAGAAUCACGUGAUCGUUUUUCACUGCGAGUUCUCAUCAGAACGAGGCCCGAAUAUGUACCGCCAUCUUAGAUCGCUGGAUCGUGAAUCGAACAAGGAUUCUAACCCACAACUGAACUUCCCAGAGGUUUACCUCUUGGAAGGCGGAUACAAGGAGUUUUAUCACCAGUUCCAGCUGGAAGGGAGUGCAAAUGUAAGGAACUGCUCACACGCAUGA